AUGAAUGAUAAAUUAAAUAAUGAACACAGAAGAAAUGAAGAGUUGUUUUGUAUAACUGAUAUUAAUGUAAAAAGUUGUGAUGAAUAUGAAAAAGAAAUUAGUAGUUUACCAUAUAUUUCUACAAAAUAUUGUGUAAAUAUAAAAAAGAAAAAAAUUGAAUCAGCAGGAUUUAUGUUUUACAUAAAAUAUGAAAUUCCUAUAUUAAAAGAAAAAAAAAAAAAAAUAAAAGAUAAUAAAAAUGUAAUUAUUGAUGAAUUAUUUUUAUAUAAAGAUAAACUGAAUUACUUAAAGGAUAUUGAAGAAGAUAAUAAUAAUAAAAAUGAGAAUGCAAAGAUUGAACAGGAAGAAAAAAAAAAGAAAAAAAAUGAUGAUGAUUAUGAUGAUACUAAAGAUUAUAAUAAGAAACAAGAAAAGGCAAGUUAUAAAAAAAGUUCUAAUUUAGUUAAAAAAUGUAUAGAUGAAAAUAUAAACGUUUAUGAAAUAUUAGGCGUUGAUGAAACAGAUGAUAUAGAAGCGAUUAAAGCUUCAUAUAAAAAAUUAAUUUUAAUAUUUCACCCAGAUAAAAAUAAAGGGACAGCAUAUCUAAAUGCAAAAGAAAAAAAAAAAAAGAAAGAAAAAGAAAAAAAUAAAGAUUUAGAUGAGAAAAAUAAUGACACAAAGGACCUCAUGUAUUAUAUGGAAAAAUUUAAUAUAGAUAAAUUAACUCCUGAAGAAAAAAAAUUAAUGUUUUUAAAAAUUCAAGAUUCUUACACUAUUUUGUCUGAUAAAACUUUGAGAAAACAAUAUGAUAGUUCUGUUCCUUUUGAUGAAUAUAUACCAACAUUAAAAGAAUUAGAAGAAGCUUCUAAUUUUUACGAUUUUCUACGACCAGUAUUUAAAAGAAAUGCUAAAUGGUCAGCUAAAAAACCAGUUCCAGAUAUAGGUGAUGAAAAUACUAAUAUAAAAAAUGUAAAAUAUUUUUAUGAUUUUUGGUAUAAUUUUGUUAAUUGGAGAGAUUUCUCUUAUCAUAAUGCAUAUGAUUAUGAACAAGCUGAAUGUAGAGAAGAAAGGAGAUGGAUGGAAAGAGAAAAUAAAAAAAUUCAGAAAAAAGUAUCAAAAUUAGAAAAUUUAAGAAUUUUGAAAUUAGUUGAUUUAGCUUACAACAAUGAUCCUAGAAUUAUUGCAGAAAAUAAAAGAAUUAAAACAGAAAAACAAAAAAAAAAAGAAUUAGCUAUAUUAGAAAAGCAAAAGAAAAUGGAUACAUUGGAUGAUACAAAAAAAGAUAAUAAUACUACUAACAACUCUAAUGAAAAGAAAAACAAAGAAAAAGCUGCUGUUAAGAUAUGGAAACAUCAUAUUAAGUCUGUAUGUCUAACAAAAUUAUCAAAUACAGUAAAUUACGAUAGAUUGCAAGAAGAAUUAUUAUUAAUGCCUUUUGAAACAAUAUGUGAUUUUAUUUAUGAUAUAUAUGUUUUACUAAAUUUUAAUUUUUACAAAAGUGAUAUUUUACCAACCGAAAAGAUGAGUUCGAAUAAAUUUAAUAAUUCUCAAGAUAAUUUGAAAAGUACUCUUAAUAAUUUAAAAGAAAAUAAUUCAAAUUGCAAUGUAAAUGGAAUUAUAGAUAAUGAUAAACAAAAUGAAAAAAAGAAUGAUAAUAAAAAUUUAAAUCAUUUAAAAAAAAAAAAUGAAGAAAUAAAAGAUUAUAAUUUAACUAAUGAUGAAGAAAUAACUAAAAAUGUAGAAUUUGAAAAUGAUUCUAUGAAGAAAAAAAAUAUAUGUGAAAAUAGUAUCUCAAAAACUAAUAAUUCAAAGAAAAAUAAUAACAAAAAUUAUAAAAACAAAAAAAAUAUGGGAAAUAAUAAUGCUAAUAUAAAUAAUAACAAUAAUAAUAACAAUAAUAAUAAUAAUAAUAUGAAUAAUAGUAACGAUGGUAAUAAUGAUAACAAAAGUACAGGAUUUAUAGGUCAUUUAAAAAGUAUAGAAUUAGGAGAAAAUGAUAUUGAAUCUUUAAUUCAAAUUUUUAAAAAAUAUGUUAAUGAAUCUGUUUUUAUUAUUGAAAAGAAAGAAGAAAUUAAUAGAGAAGACCUAAAUUUAAGUAACAAUAUGAAAGAUGACAAUUGUAUAGAGGAACAUAGGGAUCAUAAUGAUAUGGAAAAAUAUGAUGAAAAAGAAGAAAAAAAUAAUAUUGAAGAAAAAAAAAAAACUAACGAAAAUACAGAGAAAAAUGAAGAAGAUGUAGAAAAAAAUGACAAAUGGACAGCUCACGAAGUAUCGUUACUUGCAAAGGCCUUGAAAUUUUAUCCAGGUGGUACAAAAAAUAGAUGGGUUCUUAUUUCAAGUUAUAUAAAAACAAAAAGUAUUAAAGAAGUUAUAAAAAAGACAAAAGAAAUGUUUGAAAAUGAAACACUUAAAAAUCUGAGUAAAAAUUUUGAUGAAUCUCCAUUUGAUCAUUUUAAAAAUCAAAAUAAAGGAGUUAUGAAAAAAAUUGAUGAUAAUUUAGAUAAAAGGGAAUUAAAAAUUGAAAAGGAAACAAGCAAUUUAAAUAAUACAAAUGGUUAUAUUAACCAAAAAAAACCAUGGACACAAGAGGAACAGAAUUUAUUAGAAAAAGCAUUAAUGAAAUAUCCUUCUUCUAUUCCAUUAAAAGAAAGAUUAGAAUUAGUAUCUUCUGAAAUAAAAACUAGAACUACUGAUGAAGUUAUACUUAGAAUGAAAAAACUUAGAGCACAAAUAUUAGCUAAAAAAUCUGCAAAAUAA